ACAACAAACACUGAACGACGUUUACGGAACAUUUUCAUAUCUGAAUUUGAAUGUUUCUGGGUUUUUUUUUUAAUUGUUUCAUAGAUCCCGUUUCGGCGGGAAACAGGAACUUCCGCCCAAUAGUUGUUCUCCUGACGUGCCUUGAACGCAGCACGAGGAGGCGGAAUUUCUCAGAUAAAACCCAGAGAUCUUCGAGCUGCUGGCUUUAACCAGAACCAGGACCAGGACCGGGAUGGAGGAUCAGAACCCAGCAGGCUCUUCCACUGCUCCCACGGAGCUGCAGAAGAAGAAAAAGAAAGAUGGCCGGAAGAAUCAUUGCUGUCAGAUCUGUGACAAGAGCUUCAAGACAUCAGCUAGUUUAAAGGCUCAUCAGAUGGUCCACAGUGAGGAGAGACCAUUCAGCUGUGAGGAAUGUGGAGCGACUUUCAAGACGCAGAGUUCCCUAAAACUCCACCAUCGGAUCCAUACUGGAGAGAAACCAUACAGCUGUCAGGAGUGUGGGUCGUGCUUCUCAACAUCUGGUUCCCUCAUUGUCCAUCAGAGGAUUCAUACUGGUGAGAGACCAUACAAAUGUGAUGAAUGUGGGAAGGCCAGCAUCACCUCAAGUGACCUUAAGGUCCAUAAACGGACCCACAACAGAGAGACCAGAGGGAAACCCUACAACUGUGAGAUUUGUGGGAAAGGUUUUACCAAAGCUGGUUUGGUGUUUCACCGGCGUUGUCACACUGGAGAGACCCCCUUCUUUUGUGAAUUCUGUGGAAAAGGUUUUAUAUCUCAAGGUUGUCUGCGUCUUCACCAACGUUCUCACACCGGAGAAAGACCGUUCGGAUGUGAUCAGUGUGCGGAAACCUUCGCUUAUAAAAAAAGCCUAGUGGCCCACAAGCGUCUUCAUGCUGGGUGUGACAGGUGUGGAGAAGUGUUCAGAAACGUUCUGGAGAUGAUCAGUCACAAACGCGCCCACAAGUGGAUGGAUGCCCUGAAGCUCCCCCCACAGCUCAGCCACACCUUAAAGCAGCCAUCAAGGGAAAUUCCUGUGUCGCAGGUUUCAUCGCAGUGGAGUUAUGCUGCACCUGCUGAGCUCAGCGGUCCAACGGUAAAAACAGAACCAGCAGCUGCAGCCGCUGUGGGAGGAGCCUUACCUGGAGGCGUGGCCUGAAGGACGGAGAGCAGAUCGACCCAACGUCAGUUCCUGGCCACAGAAAUUCAUGUCAGUUUGACCGUUUGUGUUUAGUUUUUAUGAACUUUGUGUUUGAUCAAAUUUUUUACCGGAAGAUCAAAGAUUGUGUUGAGAAUUAAAAUCAUUAAGUUUCA